GUAUGGUAUUGCCGUGUCGUGGGACUUUGCUGGGCGUGUUGUGGAUCUAGAUUUGCAGGCUGUUGUUGUUGAUGACCGCGGAUUUAUCAUCGAUGCGGUUUACUACAACAACAUGAAGGCACUCAAGGGAUGCAUCACGCACUCCGGGGAUGAACAGACUGGGCAGAAGGCAGGUUUCGACGAACUCAUUUGGGUGAAUUUGCCGAAGCUGCCGGAAAAUGUGAGGCUACUAAUUUUCGUAAUUGCUGCUUUCAGUGGUGGCAGCUUGCGCGACGCACAGAAUGGAAAGCUGCAUGUGCUGGAGGGGAAUAAAGAUUGCGAGGUCGCAAGAUUUCCCUUGGAGCAGAGUAUCUACGAAGUAGACGCUGUGGCAUCCAUCGUCCGUCAGGAAGAAGGAUGGCACAUUCAAAUCAUUGAUGAGCCCGCAAGAGAAGGCCGGCAUUUUAUUGACAUCCUGGAACCUGUGCUUGGGAACAUCAUCCGCAAUGCUAUUCCGGGUGCUCCAAAGCGUCAGAAGGUGGCGUUUGCCAUGGAGAAAGCAUCUGUUGUGGAUCUGCCACAAAGCGAAUCCCUUGGCAAAGUGCAGGCUUGUUUAGGAUGGGAUGUCUCAUCGGAUGCUGGUGGCGAUGUUGAUUUGGAUGUGUCUGCGGUAGUUGUCGGUGGCGAUGGAUGCGUUCGGGGUGCUGUUUUCUUUGGAGAGCUUGAGGGAUGGGCCUUGACUCAUAGCGGAGACAACCUCACCGGGGAGGGUGAUGGGGAUGACGAGGUCAUUACCGCCAAUCUUCAAGAAAUACCUGUGGACAUACAGCAAGUUGUGUUCGUAGUCAAUGUCUACACCCGCGGAGUUACCUUCGAGAAGGUUUCCAACGCCUACUGUCGAAUCCUGGACUCCUCCGGUGAGGAGAUGGCACGCUACGUGCUGCAUGAGGGCCGUGGAGAACGAGGGCUCAUCAUGGCCAGAUUGUUCAGAGAGAACGGUGAAGCAGGAUCACGUUGGGGCUUUCAGGCGCUGGGCAGCUUCUGUCGCGGUCAAACCUGGAAGGACUCAGUGCCAGACAUCCAGUCGCUUGCUCGAAAAACUGCAAGACAGCUGCAGAUGCGAUCUGGCACCAUGAGCUUUGCCCAGGAGUCCUCAAGUGAAGCUGCAGUGUCUGCAGCUCCAAUCGCUCGAGAGGAAUCUUCGCCAAAGUCUGGGGCUUGCCACGUCAUGUAG